AUGAGCUCUCAGCCGCUCCCAGCGCCCCGCCGCCGCUGCCCGCCGCUGCCGGCCGCCGAGCCUCUCCUCUUCCUGGCCACCCUGUCCCUCGGCCUGCAGGGUCCCCUGGCCACCCAGUACCUCUGGGACAGGCUGGGGGCCGAGCGGGGUUACAGCGGUCCCAACGGCAGCAGCCCCGCCGGCUGCGGGAACGGCAGCGCCCACGACGAUCCCCUGCGGCAGGAGGUGGAAGCGCUGGUCUCCCACUGGAACCUCUGUAUCAACCUGGGAGGUUUCUUCGUCGGUCUCUUCUCCGUGACUCUCUUCGGACCAUGGAGCGACAGCGUAGGCCGCCGGCCGGCGCUCAUCCUGCCGGCAGUGGGUAUGGCCGUGCAAGCGGCCAUCUAUCUUCUCGUCAUGUACCGGCAGCUGCACGUUGCCUACUUUCUCCUUGGACGCGUUUUGAGCGGCCUCAUGGGAGACUACAACCUGAUUCUGGCCAGCUGCUUCGCCUACGUGGCCGACACCAGCGACAGACGGGCGCGCACGUUUCGCGUCGCCAUCCUCGAGGCGUGCCUCGGCAUCGCGGGCAUGCUGGCCAGCGUCGGCGGCGGCCAGUGGCGCAAGGCUCAGGGGUACAUCAACCCCUUUUGGCUCGUGCUUGCUACUAGUCUUGCUGCCGCUCUCUACGCUGCUUUCUGUCUUCAGGAAUCGGUGAAGCAGCAGAAACCAGCCAAGCUGUUCACGCUCAGCCAUUACAAGGCCGUCUACAGGCUGUACGUGGCCCCAGAACGCUUGAGCUCCAGGAGGAAGCUUGCCCUUUACUCCCUGGCUUUCUUUCUUCUUGUCACUGUACAUUUUGGAUCCAGGGACCUCUUUGUUUUGUAUGAGCUUGGGUCCCCUCUCUGCUGGUCUGCUGACCUCAUUGGGUACGGCUCAGCCGCCAGUUACCUGGCUUACCUGAGCAGCCUGGGAGGGCUGCGGCUGCUGCAGCUCUGCCUUCAAGACACCUGGGUGGCAGAGAUAGGAUUGAUCUCCAACAUUUCUGGACUGGUUGUGAUUUCGCUUGCUACUACAACACCACUGAUGUUUACAGGUUAUGGGAUUCUGUUCCUUUCCAUGGCAGCCACUCCAGUCAUCAGAGCCAAGCUCUCCAAGCUGGUCAGUGAGAUGGAACAGGGUGCUCUCUUUGCUUCUGUUGCCUGUGUGGAAGGGCUGUGUUCACUUGUGGCUACAGGAGUGUUCAACUCUCUCUACCCUGCCAGCUUGCACUUCAUGAGGGGAUUCCCAUUUCUCUUCGGGGCUAUAAUUCUUCUUAUUCCAGCAGCUAUUAUUGGGUGGAUGGAAAUCUGGGACUCAAACCGGGACUACAGUCACUUCUCAGAUGCUUCCCUGUCCCCUACAGAUGACUGAGCAGCAACUUAGCAACAAGGAAUUGGCCAGCUCAGCAGUGUCCAUCUGAAGACUGCUCUUUAUUCUUGCCUUGAAGGACAGAUCAGUGUGGGAAGGACACC